AUGAAGCUAAAGACUAAUAAUUCUGCUAAGAAGCCCAUGAAUACAAACAAAAAUAAGUCUCCGAAGAAACAAGGUAAAGGUGGUGUGCAAGUUAGAAAAGAAAAACAAAAAGAUAUUGUCAAGCCAACUGUAUUGAAAAAAGAAGGAGAAAAAAUUAAAGUAGAAACUCCUCCUAAUCCUGAAAAAUUGGCACUACAAGAGUUAUGGUCUAAAGCUAUUCAAAAUGUAUCAAAUAUGACUAAUCUUUCUGAGGAAGAGAGUAGUGUUGCCAAGCUGUUGGGAGAUUAUAAAAAUAAAUCUUCUAUUCCGAAAAGGAGUACAAAAUUGAAAAAUAUGAUUACUAAAGGAUUUUCCAAGUUUAAGGAUACUAGUGAUGAAGUAUUGGAUGGAGUUUAUGAAAAAUUAAUCAGUGAAUUCAAAGCUGUUGGUGGUAACGUAGAUAGUAUAAAUAAAGACAAUAAAGUUAGGCCUAAAAAACCAGAUUCCAAGACUCCAAAAUCUAAAAAAGAAGAAGCUUCUAAUGAUGAAGAUGAUGAUGAUGAUGAUGAAACUGAAGCUCUCGAAGUAGAUGAAGAAGAUGAUGAUGAUGAUGAUGAUGAUGAUGAUGAUGAUGAUGAAACUGCCGAAGGUCUUGAAGUAGAUGAUGAUGAAGAAGAAAGUGAAGAAGAUAAGCCUAAGCCUAAAUCUAAGGGUGGUUUCAAAAAUGGAAAAGGUCAGCCAAAUAAAGGUAAAAAUGGUUCAAAAUUUAAAGGUGGCAAAGUACAAAAAAAUAAAAAGUUUAAUAAGAAAAAGUAA